GUUAAAUAGCACUACGACGCCGUAUGAGAUCACUUCGCUUCGGUAUUCUCAAAUGAGUGAAGUUUUGCGCAGAGCCAAACACACACUUAGCGUCAAACAGUACCAAUCUCUCUUGAACCACUAUGCAGCCACUCAAUCACUCUCCAAAACCAAGGCUUUACACUGCCACGUCAUCACCAACGGUCGAGCCUCCGACCACAUUAUCUCGACUCUCUCCGUCACGUACGCUCUAUGCGGCCACAUCGCCUACGCACGCAAGCUGUUCGACGUAAUGCCUGAAAGCUCUCUGCUUUCUUACAACAUCGUCAUCAGAAUGUACGUGCGCGGCGGGCUGUACCAAGACGCUGUGAACACGUUCGUUAAGAUGGUCGGCGAGGGAACUAAGUGCUGUCCCGAUGGUUAUACGUACCCUUUUGUUGCCAAAGCUGCUGGAGAGUUAAAGUCUGUGCCUUUAGGGUUGGUGAUUCACGGGAGGGUCUUGAGAAGCUGGUUUGGUACGGAUAAGUAUGUGCAGAACGCGUUGCUUGCCAUGUACAUGAGCUUUGGGAGGGUUGAGAUGGCGAGGAGAGUGUUUGAUGUGAUGAUGAACAGAGAUGUGAUUUCUUGGAAUACAAUGAUUAGUGGGUAUUAUAGGAAUGGGUAUAUGAGGGAUGCUUUGAUGACAUUUGAUCGGAUGGUAGAUGAGGGUGUUGGUGUUGACCACGCUACUGUUGUUUCCAUGUUGCCUGUUUGUGGUCACUUGAAGGAUCUUGAAAUGGGGAGGAAUGUUCAUAAACUGGUGGAAGAGAAGCGGUUAGGUGAUAAGAUAGAGGUGAAGAAUGCGUUGGUGAACAUGUAUUUGAAAUGUGGUCGCAUGGACGAGGCGAGAUUUGUGUUUGACAGGAUGGAGCGCAGGGAUGUGAUCACAUGGACUUGUAUGAUCAACGGAUAUACAGAAGAUGGGGAUGUGAAGAACGCUUUGGAGUUGUGCAGGUUGAUGCAGUUUGAUGGCGUGAGACCUAAUGAUGUGACUAUAGCCUCUCUUGUUUCAGCUUGUGGUGAUGCUUUAGAGCUGAAUGAUGGUAAAUGUUUACAUGGUUGGGCAAUAAGGCAAAGGGUUCACUCCAGUGUCAUCAUAGAAACUUCUUUGAUCAGCAUGUAUGCUAAAUGCAACCGAGUAGACAUUUGCUUCAAAGUCUUCUCUGGGGCUUCAAAAAGCCUGACAGGUCCCUGGAGUGCGAUUAUUGCCAGUUGUGUGCAUAAUGAACUUAUGAGUGACGCGCUGAAUCUCUUCAAAGGGAUGCGGAGGGAAGAUGUUGAACCGAACAUUGCUACACUAAACAGUCUCCUUCCAGCGUAUGCAGCUUUGGCAGAUCUGCGCCAAGCAAUGGACAUUCAUUGCUACCUUACCAAAACCGGGUUUACGUCGAGCCUUGAUGCAGCUACAGGGCUGGUUCAUGUUUACUCAAAGUGUGGAACUUUAGAAUCCGCCCACAAGAUAUUUGAUGGGAUCCAGGAGAAACACAAGAGCAAAGAUAUAGUUCUAUGGGGUGCAUUGAUCUCUGGUUACGGGAUGCACGGAGAUGGCCAUAACGCGCUGCAGGUUUUCAUGGAAAUGGUUCGGUCUGGUGUGACGCCGAACGAAAUCACAUUUACUUCUGCCUUGAACGCUUGCAGCCAUUCCGGUUUGGUCGAACAAGGCUUGACAUUGUUCAGGUUUAUGCUUGAGCAUCAUAAGAAGAUAGCUCGACCAAACCAUUACACUUGCAUGGUUGAUAUUCUUGGUCGAGCAGGUCGGUUAGAAGAAGCUUACAAUCUCAUUACAACAAUUCCAUUUGAACCAAGCUCAACUAUUUGGGGUGCAUUGCUCGCUGCAUGCGUCACACAUGAGAAUGUCCAGCUUGGAGAAAUCGCAGCAAACAAGCUGUUUGAAUUAGAACCAGAGAACACAGGAAACUACGUGUUGUUGUCGAACAUCUAUGCGGCUUUGGGACGAUGGAAAGAUAUGGAGAAGGUGAGAAAAAUGAUGGAGGAUGUUGGUUUGAGAAAAAAACCAGGUCAUAGCACAGUCGAGUUCAGACAAAGAUUAUGAACAAUUGUUAUAGUUUUUUUUUUGUAUUAUUUUUGUCAGCGAAAUGCUAUAAGAUAUGGAGAAGAUACCUAAUGAAAAAUUUAGCAGAAGUAAA